AUGGCAGGCCCGUCAAAUGUGAAUUUUGCAAUAUUCCGUCGUCAUAAUUUACGGCCAUUAUCGGCUUUAUUAAAAGGAGAGAAUUGCAGCAGUGGAAAGACUCAAGAGAUCAUGUCUGAGAAUGAGGGCAUUUCAUGGACGUACAUGGAGGAGAGAGAUUCUGAUGAUUUUGUUGUUGUGGAUAGACAAACUAGCAGAACCAAAAAAAACAGAAGUCUAAACAAGAAAAAGAAACAUCACAAACCUACUAAGGCAAGGAAGCAAGAUACUGUGAAACAAUCCUCGGGCUGUCCUUCAAAUUGGAGCAAUGUUGAACUUGUUUCUCUCUUCAAAUUAGCCGACUUGACUUUAAGACCUGAAAGUGGGGCACUACUAUUAGGAAAAUGUCAUCAGUCUAAUAGUUUGAAGAAAAUAGAACCCACCCAUGCCUUGCAGAAAUCGCUUUUACCAGGUCGGCCAUACAACAAAGUUAUGAAAUUUCUUCGCAGUUCUAACUUUGAACAAAAGUACCUUGAAUAUCGUCAGCAAAAAAAUGGAAGAAACAGACCAAAGACAUUUGUGGUUUCUCAGAAAGCUAAAAAGUCUCUCCUGAAAGCCAAAGGGUUGACAAAAAGACAACCACUAGUACAUGGAUGUGUGAAUCCUGGUUCUAGUAUUCCUGUUGUCAGGCCGUACAGAAUUCUGAUGCCAAGGAGCAGACAGAUUACAGAAGAGGAAAGACUACAAAGGUGUACAACGCUUGAUCUUAGUAUGGCACCUGGACAGCAUGAUAUCAACACAUCGUCUGACCAGCAUUAUAUCAACACACCAUCUGACCAGCAUGAUAUCAACACACCAUCUGACCAGCAUUAUAUCAACACACCAUCUGACCAGCAUGAUAUCAACACACCAUCUGACCAGCAUUAUAUCAACACACCAUCUGACCAGCAUGAUAUCAACACACCAUCUGACCAGCAUUAUAUCAACACACCGUCUGACCAGCAUCAUAUGAACACACCGUCUGACCAGCAUCAUAUGAACACACCGUCUGACCAGCAUCAUAUGAACACACCGUCUGACCAGCAUCAUAUCAACACACCGUCUGACCAGCAUCAUAUCAACACACCGUCUGACCAGCAUCAUAUCAACACACCGUCUGAAAGGCAUCAUAUGAACACACUGUCUGACCAGCAUCAUAUGAACACACCGUCUGACCAGCAUCAUAUCAACAUAUCGCCAUCUUCAACAAGUAGGGUUUAUAAUAAAAGACCACAACCUCUGGAGAGCCUUCCUGUGAACAUACGCCAGGUUAAAAAAUCUGCAUUGGAUGCAUGUCUACAACAACAGACAUCAUAGUAUACAGUCUGCAUUGGAUGCAUACCUACAACAAUAGACAUAGUAAUACAGUCGGCAUUGGAUGCAUGCUUACAACAACAGACAUAUUAGUAAUACAGUCGGCAUUGGAUGCACACCUACAACAACAGACAUCAUAGUAAUACAGUCUGCAUUGGAUGCAUACCUACAACAAUAGACAUAGUAAUACAUUCAACAUUGGAUGCAUGCUUACAACAACAGACAUAUUAGUAAUACAGUCGGCAUUGGCUGCACACCUACAACAACAGACAUCAUAGUAAUACAGUCGGCAUUUAAUGCAUACCUACAACAACAGACAUCAUAGUAAUACAGUCGGCAUUUAAUGCAUACCUACAACAACAGACAUCAUAGUAAUACAGUCGGCAUUUAAUGCAUACCUACAACAACAAACAUCAUAGUAAUACAGUCGGCAUUGGCUGCACACCUACAACAACAGACCUCAUAGUAAUACAGUCGGCAUUGGCUGCACACCUACAACAACAGACAUAGUAAUACAGUCGGCAUUGGCUGCACACCUACAACAACAGACCUCAUAGUAAUACAGUCGGCAUUGGCUGAACACCUACAACAACAGACCUCAUAGUAAUACAGUCGGCAUUGGCUGCACACCUACAACAACAGACAUCAUAGUAAUACAGUCGGCAUUGGCUGCACACCUACAACAACAGACCUCAUAGUAAUACAGUCGGCAUUGGCUGCACACCUACAACAGACAUCAUAGUAAUACAGUCGGCAUUGGCUGCACACCUACAGCAACAGACAUCAUAGUAAUACAGUCGGCAU